GCUAAAUGGCGAGUAAAUUGACUAUUCGCAAGGCACAGGUACACGUGCCGUACACGUGUGCGUGGUGUGAUAGUGAACAUGACGUGAACUGGUACUGUAAUGACUGCCAGGAGGCUUUGUGUGACAAAUGUAAGGAGACCCAUCAGCGUGCGAGGAGGACAAGGAAUGACGAAGUUGUACCGAUAAAACAGGCGAACAAACAAGGCGAGGCGGUACUACCAGAGGUAUGUAAGGUACACCCCGGUAAAACAUGCGAUCUGUUCUGUACAGAGUGUAACGUCGCCAUCUGUUUAAUGUGUUUUACAUCGAACCACAAACAGCACGCAUUCAAACAUUUCGAAUACGAAAUUAACACCCAGAAACAUUACAUGCGUGAGCAGUUGGAAACGUUGAAAUAUAAGUUAGUUCAAUUCAAUGAGAAGUUAUCAAACCGUCAGAAAGAUAGCACAACAUUCAAAGAAAGUGUCGAUAUUAUCUGUAAAGAUGUCAAAGAGCAAGGAACAAAGCUGAAGGCAGAAAUAGAUUCUAUAGUGGACAAUGUCCUUGCUGAAUUAUCAUCACUGGUUGCUGAAGAAGACAAACUCCUCCAACAGGAUUGUGAGCAUGAUGAUAAAAGUGUUAAACAAAUAAAGCAGCUGGUCGAAGAAGUGGAGCAGCAGUCGGGAAAUCCAUCAAGUGAAACUUUGCUUGAGCUGACGGGGAGACUUAGGACCACUAUACCACUUCAUGACGUUACUGGUACGAGUGUACUACCACGUCCACUAAGCUUUGAAACCGGCCAAAUUAAUACAGACCAGUUGAAAAAUAUGAUCGGAUAUGUUCAGACGGGGAGUAAGAAGGAUUCUACACCAAAGUGUGAGAAGAAGGAAAUCAAUAACCAACAUGUCCGUAAACUUACUACAUUCCAAACCCCUCAAAACAAAUCCAUAUGUCCAAUAGACGACACCUAUGCAUGGGUAUCAAGGUUUGACUGUCUGGACCUGCUCCGAGUCAAUAAAAAGGGAAACGUCACAGAGACUGUAAAGCUUGAUUUAACUCUGGAAUACUGA